GGGCUGCCCACCUGGCGACGUGACGCUGCACCAAUCCCUUUCGAGCUGCUCCCGGGCCCCCCUCUCUUUGCACCGCCCUCCUCCCCACCCUGAAAGAGGCGCACUCUGACGGGGAAGACACAGCGCUCUCGCCACGGAGCACCCUUCUAGCUUAUUCGUCUCCAGGACGGAUUCUCAGGCUCCUUUCUCGCCUUAGCCAAACUUGGUUUACCGCCUCUCAAACUUCGGUUUCCCUCCACUCCCAACUGUUUUCAUAUCACUUUCCCCCUCCUCUAUCUCCACGCAAGGAUCCCCGAUCCCCCAACUCCUUUCUCCCGCCCUACUCCUUCCCCUCUCCUCCUUUCAACUCUCCAUCCACUGCCACCUCAGAUUCUGCGUGCACCCAAUUCAGUCGCCCGCUCCCGUUCGGCUCGAAGCCAUGGCGGGACCUGGGGGCUGGAGGGACAAGGAAGUCACGGAUCUGGGCCACUUGCCGGAUCCCACUGGAAUAUUCUCACUAGAUAAAACCAUUGGCCUUGGUACUUAUGGCAGAAUCUAUUUGGGACUUCAUGAGAAGACUGGUGCAUUUACCGCUGUUAAAGUGAUGAAUGCUCGUAAGACCCCUUUACCUGAAAUAGGAAGGAGAGUGAGAGUGAAUAAAUAUCAAAAAUCUGUUGGGUGGAGAUACAGCGAUGAGGAAGAGGAUCUCAGGACUGAACUCAACCUUCUGAGGAAGUACUCUUUCCACAAAAAUAUUGUGUCCUUCUAUGGUGCAUUUUUCAAGCUGAGUCCCCCUGGUCAGAGGCACCAACUUUGGGCCUCCGAGGCUGUGCUGGCAGGGCCUGCUGUGAAGAUCUCUGACAUGCUCUGGAGACAUUUCCCCAUUGUCUUGAUGGUGAUGGAGUUCUGUGCAGCAGGCUCGGUCACUGAUGUAGUGAGAAUGACCAGAAAUCAGAGGUUAAAAGAAGAUUGGAUUGCUUAUAUCUGCCGAGAAAUCCUUCAAGGGUUAGCUCACCUUCACGCAUACCGAGUAAUUCACCGGGACAUCAAAGGUCAGAAUGUGCUGCUGACUCAUAAUGCUGAAGUAAAACUGGGUAAGUUUAUUCUUAUAGUAUUUUAAGUUUGAAACAUCUUAAUGGAAAAAACUCCGUUAAGAUAAGAUAACUAUGCGUUCCCUCAUGUUCCUGCCAAUAUCCUCUACUAAUUUGAGCUGGGUUUUCCCUGCCUGCAAAACCAGUCAAAAUUUGAAAAUUUGUUUGGGAGAGGAAGCGGGCAAAAUAAAGAGAAUGCACCUACCUACUUCUUUGAAAUCACGUACAUAAAACAACUUUUUAAUUUUCAUGGGGAUUU